AUGAGAUUGGUAUUCACUUCCUGGGAGUCUGAAUCUGAAGAAAUUUAUAAGAAAGGAUGGAAAAUACUUGCAGAUCCAACAGUUUUAACUUCAAGGGACGUCGUGAUUUAUCACGGUGACAUUCUUGCUUUAGAGGAUGGCACUGUAUACAUGUAUACGUUAUCUGGUACCAAGAAACCGUAUCUAACCGAAACUUCGUUUUCUUCAUCUCGUUUCAUUUCAUUCCAUGCCGCCUAUGAAAAAUUAUUUUUGGUAAGUGAGGAAGGUCGUCUUUUCGGUUGUGGGCAUACUACUUACGGUGAAUGUGGCGUGAUUUCUCCAAAUCCCAUUGAAUCGUUGCGGGAAAUUGAAUUGGUCAUACCACCAGCUGUUUGCCCUCAUGGAUCUUCGGUUACUACUGCAGAGUCACUGAAGGUGAUGCUUGUUCGAACGUCCAUGUCAGAGGUUUGCCUCAUUGAUUUUCAUGGUCAAUUGUGGAAAUACGGUGGUGGACGAUUAGAAUUUGAUUCACUUGGACGCAUUCAAGUGCGACCUCUACAAAUUGCGUCAAGACGGAAAGUUUUGCAGUUGUGUGCCGGAAGGGAACAUUUUGUCUGUCUAGCAGUCCCUUUGACUGAUGAAAAUAAUGAUACAGAUGCUAAAAAUCCACCAACUCUGGGGAUUCAGAGGUCGAACAAAUGUGAAAAAUGUCGAGAUGAAUGUGAGCUACGGCUGAGUGCAUUAAUGCAUAUAGCUGAUCAAGAUCAGGAUCAGAAAAAUGAAUCACGAUUUUCAUUUGCAAGCUGUGAGGAGUUGGCUGUGAAAAGAAGUUUCCACAGUCCAUGUUUGUUUCUGGAUACUGAUAAUAGUUCAAGAGAACACCAAAUACUUCCAUUCUGUGGUUCAUCAAAUGCAACUAAGACCUCAGUUGUAAAGUCGGGCAAAGAAACUUCUUUGAUGAAGUUUGAUGAAUUUGAAAUGGCAGAAAUGAAAAAUAUUAAUGUUCGGGGUGGACUUAGAAAAAAUUCGACAUCUGCUUCAGCAGAAAAUCUACUUGAUAUAGAAGACUCAUCAUCAACUAAUGGGAGUCCUUCACAAUCAGAUGGAAAAGUUUCACUUACCGGUUUACAUAAUUCGGACUUAUUACCAGAAAUUUGGACAUGGGGUGCUAAUGGAAAUGGCCAGUUGGGACAUGGGGAUUUGACAGCGAGGAGGGUUCCAUUCAAAAUAGUCGAUUUAUGUAGAAUGUACUGUAUCAAAGUGGCAGCAGGGGACGAUCAUACUAUAGCACUUACGGGAACUGGCAAGUUGUAUGUGUGGGGAUCAAACAAUGCUGGACAACUAAAACAAGCAAAAUUGUCGUAUAUAACCAAACCAACGCUUUUUAAAGUCGGAAACCAUUCUUUUGUUUUGGAUGCAUUCGCAAGCGGUUGUCAGACAGGUGUUAUUAUUGGUGGUAUGGCAAAUUCUGCCAUGCUUUAUCUCUGCGGAAGUAAUACUGCGGAGCAAUCACCACAGUCACUAUCACUACCAAAAGAGAUUGGCUGGCCGAGUUGGAUUUUGACUGCAAAUCAGAACCUUGUAGUUGGAGCACAUGAAUCAAUAGCUGACAUCGAUAGGCAUUUCCUACGUGUGUUCGUUUUCUUUCGAUAUGCGGAAUUUAUGCAGCGGAUUUGUCAAAUAUGCCAAAAAAUCUAUGAAAGAAGUUAUGCUGUAAAUAAUCCAUAUUUGUCAAAACUGUUAAAUAAGCUUACUUUAUCAUCGGCAAGAUAUUCAACGCGAAUGUUCAGAUUAAUGAACAUGAUGCGUGACAGUUUUUGCAAUACAGGCCAUUUAUCGAUUGGAAAAACCUUGAAAACCUACAUAAAGAAAUACUUAUUGAAUGCUGUUUUCCAGUUUCAUGCAGAUUUUGUAGAGUGUCUUGCUUAUGGAUGUUUUACUGAGUUCGAUGUUAGAGAUGAAAUCCAUCGAACUGACUGGGACGAUAUUGUCGCUGCCAUCAGUAGUGAAGAACUAGAGGAGGAAAUAAACAAAAUGUCCUUCUGCUAUGAUGUUGGAAGAAAUAGUCAAGAUAUUCAUUUGCGGCGGUUGUUUCAACUAGCUUUCAGUUGUCCAUGCAAACUUGCCGAUAUAACUGGAAUUGGUGACAUCUUAGAGGUAAGCAUAGGUUUUAGUAUUAUGGCUAUAGUAAUGAUAUCGUUUAGAACAAAUAAUAUGGCCAUACUAUGUCAAAUAAUACGUCACGAUCGUUGCAGUACUUAA